AGCAAAUUCACUCCAUUGCACGAUCAAAAUGCUUUAUCUAGUGGGACUCGGCCUUGCCGAUGAGACUGACAUCACCGUCAGAGGUCUGGAGGUGGUCAAGAAGGCCGAGCGCGUUUACCUCGAAGCGUACACAAGCAUCCUCCUCGUGGAGAAGGAGAAACUAGAAGCUUUCUAUGGACGUCCUGUUAUUGUAGCGGACCGCGAAUUGGUCGAGACUGGCAGCGAUGACAUCCUCGCUGAAGCCGACAAAGUCGAUGUCGCCUUCCUGGUGGUGGGCGACCCCUUCGGUGCUACGACACACACCGAUCUAGUCCUACGCGCCCGUGAAUUGGGCAUCGAGUCCAAGGUCAUCCCUAACGCAUCGAUCAUGUCCGGUAUUGGCUGCACCGGCCUGCAGCUGUACAACUUCGGACAGACCGUCAGCAUGGUCUUCUUCACUGAGACCUGGAAGCCUUCGUCCUACUACGACCGUGUCAAGGAGAAUGCUGGGCUGGGUCUUCACACACUUGUCCUGCUAGACAUCAAGGUCAAGGAGCAGUCCCUCGAGAACAUGGCCCGUGGACGUCUGAUCUACGAGCCUCCGCGCUUCAUGACGGUUGCGCAGUGCGCCAGUCAGAUGCUCCAGACGGAGGAGGAGCGCCAGGAGGAAGUCUGGACUGCGGAUAGUCUGGCUGUUGGUGCCGCUCGUGUUGGAGCUUCUGACCAGAAGUUGGUUGCCGGUACUCUCAAGGAGCUGGCAGAAGUUGACAUGGGCCGACCUCUUCACAGUUUGGUCCUGCUUGGCAAGAGGGCACAUGAUCUGGAGAAGGAUUACAUCAAACAAUUCGCUGUGGACCAGGCGACCUUCGAUGCCGCUUGGCAAAAAGGAGGCUACGGUACCAUGUGAGGUACUGCUGCCGUGUAACGAAUGAUGUUGAACGAAAUAGACAUUUAUCCCGCUGAAUAAAAACAAGUGAGCCAUCGGAACCG